AUUGAUUUUUCGAGCGGUUAAUUGGCUGAUAGAAGACGGAGAGUUGAAUAAGAAAAUAUGUGGAAGCUCAUAAUUUGGUUAUUUCUGAUAUUUCAAGUGGUUUCAGCUGCGGAAAAAUCCUACUAUUCGAAGUUGCGACAGAGUCGACAUGGCAAUUACUAUAAAUGUUUAAUCAUUGAGCACAAUAUUCCAACCAAAUUCAAAGGAUUUGAGACGACUGAUUCCAAAGAGGUUAAAGUUUUCACAAAAUCUGCAGUUGUAUCGUCAUCAGAUGAAUUCUUACAAAAAAUUGAUGACUCGAUUAUAGUCGAGAUCUUUGCGAAAACGAUUCAAGUUUUGGACAAUCACAUAGAAUCAAUUUGCAAUGUUAGAGAGUUUGUGCCUGCGCUCAUACACGGGAAGAUGCAAGAAAUUGCAGAAACCGUAGAAAUCGAAAAAAUUGUGUACAGUGGUGACCAACAGAAUAGAAUCGACGUUGUCUUCAUGGGAGAUGGAUACACUGCUGACGAACGUGAUCAAUUCUUUGACGACAUCCGAAGACUUACAGAAGACAUGUUCAAUGGAGAUACUUUUCGAUCGUACCUUCCUCUGUUCAAUAUUUGGGCAAUUUACGUUGAAAGUGUUGAUAGUGGAAUAGGAUACAAUGGUGCUAAGGAUACACCAUUUAGACUAUAUAGACAGCAAGGGCAGUUAAGAGCGAUUUAUACUGGCAACGCACAGUAUGCUAGACAAAUUUGUCAACUGACUGGUGCUGGAGGCUGUGACUAUCCUUCAUUGAUUGGAAACGACGACUUUUAUGGUGGGCUAGGCGGCGAGUUUGUUAUUUCUACGAAAUCGGAACGUACCGGAACGGUUGUACUCAGACAUGAAAUGGGUCAUAAUUUCGUUAAUGUCGGGGAGGAGUACGAUAAUGGAUCAUCCUAUCGUGGUGUUAAUUCUGCAGCCAAUUUAACUCUCGUCACCACUAAGUGGGGUCAUUGGUUGACCGAUCGAAAUGUGCGAGAGGAAAGAGCAAUAUACAGACUAUUACAGUAUCCGUGGGCAGAUCUAGCAUCUGGCCCUCAAUCAUUUAAUUUUACUUCUGAUGGUCAAUACUCUCGAUGGUAUCUCGAUGUAUCGGUAAGUGCAGCUGGCGAGGCGGAUUCUCUUGAAUUUGUUCUUGACGGUGAAAUUCUACCUUGGGAAUCGCGUGGUAGUGAUGACAGAGAAUUCUACAGUUGGUUGAACGAUGCGGGAUUCUCGGAAGGUGAACAUACAUUUUCGGUUCGCUCUAAAACCGCAUCUACCAACCCUGCCAUUCCAAGAAUGAUCUGUUCGGUAAGACUAUAUGAGUUUGGCAACGAAGAUGAGUUCCAUAUUGACAAUAGCGUGGUAUCUGCAUACCCUACUUGGGAUGUAAGCAGACGAGUAACUUAUCGCCCAACUAAUGCAGGAUGUCUAAUGAGGAAUAUGACUCACAACGAAUUUUGUUCUGUAUGCAAGGAGGGAAUGUGGUACCAAUUUUUCCAGAGAAUUUCUCUAAUUGAUGAUGUCACAGUGAGUAAAAUAUCGAAUCCUGAUAAGACAAAACGUGUCGAAGUCAACACGUUGAAAUUGGCACAUUUGCGAGCACCUGGAAAUGAAGUGGAAGGCGAGAUUUUGGAAAUUCGUUGGUUUUAUGGUGGACAGCAACGGCCGGAAUUCGAUGAUCAGUUUGUGAUCGAUGCUGAGGGAGGUACCUGGUCGGUGUCUGUGCAUUUCAUUACCCCAGAAGUCAGAUAUGAUCCCAACGCGCUGUUGCAUGAUUCAGAAACAUUUACUGUAACAUUCCCAGUUAAUUCAACAAUGUCAAGUCUUCCUUCUGCGACUGAUAAUGCAAAACAUUUAUUGAUCUAAAUUAAAAUUGGGUGUAAAUUUACAAUUCAAA